AUGUCAUCAACAGCUACGGUUGAAGUUCGUGCGACUUAUACCGGUCAAUGUUCUCUCCGUGAUCAUAUGCUUUUCAAUGAUGGCGACAAAAACGCAUCGACAUCAUGUCCUGUCUGGUCAUUUUAUAUUUAUCAUCCAUCCACACAAACACAUACACUAUUUGACCUUGGACUUAUGAAAGAACUUGAUGAAUAUCCACCGAAAUUGAAAGAAGAUUUUCCACUUAUAUUUAAACCAGAAAUAAAAGAAGAUGUUGGUGAUGUACUUCGACGACACGAUAUUUCACCAAAUCAAAUCAAAACAAUUAUCUUUUCACAUCCACAUUUCGAUCAUUGUGGAAAUCCAUCUUUACCGCACAAGCAUUCGCUCGUCCAGCCUAUCCGAUCAAUUCCGAAUCAUGUUUUCUUGAAUCAACAUUCCCGUCGGAUCGAACACGUGAAUUAA